GUCAAUAAAAUUUGCAUAUGCAGCAAAGAAGAUUUCUUGCCGGAGGAGUCAUUCAAGAAUUGGGGAAACUAUGUGCAUGCCCUUGCCAGCAUCAAAACAAGGCUCAAGGACCGCCUCUUGGCACGGUCAUUGGACCGCCAUGAGUUAGAAGAAAUGCGUGCAAGAAGCGAGAAUGAGAUGAAGAAAACCCUAAACUGGUGGGAUCUCAUUUGGUUUGGGAUUGGUGCAGUCAUGGGGGCAGGCAUUUUCGUGCUCACCGGUGAGGCGGCUAGGGAUCUUGCAGGCCCUGCAGUUGUAAUCUCUUACUUGAUAUCCGGAGUUUCGGCAUUGCUGUCAGUUUUGUGCUACACUGAGUUUGCGGUGGAGCUUCCUGUGGCUGGAGGCUCAUUUGCCUAUCUUAGAGUGGAACUUGGUGACUUCAUGGCCUAUAUUGCUGCAGGGAACAUUCUAUUUGAGUAUAUAGUAGCAGGUGCUAGUGUGGCAAGGUCAUGGACCUCCUAUUUUGCUACAUUGUGCAACCAUAGUCCCAAUGAUUUUCGGAUCUAUGCCCAUUCCCUAGCUGAGAACUAUAACCAGUUGGAUCCAAUUGCGGUCUUUGUCUCCUUUGUGGCUUGUGUUGGUGCUGCCUGGAGCAUCAAGGCAUCGUCUAGGUUCAAUUCGAUUACAUCCAUCAUCCAUCUGGUGGUUUUGGUAUUCAUCCUUGUUGCCGGCUUGACAAAGGCUAACACUUCUAAUUUCACAACAGACUUUACUCCAUUUGGCCUUCAUGGCAUCUUGAAAGCUUCGGCUGUGCUGUUUUUCGCUUAUGUAGGGUUUGAUGGUGUGGCAACUUUGGGGGAGGAGACUAAAAACCCUGGUAGAGAUAUCCCAAUAGGGCUCAUUGGCUCCAUGGUGAUUACCAUAGUGACUUAUUGUGGUCUUGCAGCAACAUUGUGUUUGAUGCAGCCCUACAGCCAAAUUGACCCCGAUGCAUCAUUCAGUGUGGCAUUUCAGGCCGCAGGUAUGAACUGGGCAAAGUUCAUUGUUGCAUUGGGAGCACUUAAAGGCAUGUCCACGGUUCUACUAGCUAACCUUCUCGGGCAGGCUCGAUACUUCACUCACAUUGGAAGAACCCACAUGGCGCCACCAAUCCUUGCAAGGAUCAAUGCCAAGACCGGUACCCCCGUGACCGCCACGAUCAUCAUGACUGUUGCAAACUCACUUGUUGCUUUCUUCACAAGCCUUGAUGUCUUGGCAAACCUUCUCUCCAUAUCAACCCUGUUUAUAUUUUCCCUCGUUGCAUUAGCACUGAUUGUUAGGCGGUACUACGUUACGGGUGAAACAUCAGCAACAGAUAGAAACAAACUCGUUGGUUUCUUGACAUUAAUCGUAGGUGCAUCGAUUGCAGCUGCAGUGUAUUGGGUGCUUAGCAACGGUGGUUGGGUUGGUUACGUAGUGACAGUUCCAAUAUGGUUCUUUGCUACUCUAGGCUUGCAGUUGACCGUCAAACAAGCAAAAAAUCCUAAACUUUGGGGGGUGCCACUGGUUCCUUGGUUACCAUCGAUUAGUAUCGCAUUCAAUAUCUUCAUCCUCGGAUCCAUUGAUGGAGAAUCAUUCAUAAGAUUCAGUAUUUGGACAUUGGUUUUGCUUGUCUACUAUAUAUUUGUGGCACUACAUGCUUCCUAUGAUGCAGCUAAAGAGACAGAGAGUAUAGCUAAUGCUGAAACAUACAUGGAGGCUGGAAGUAACAAAACCCCUGAAGUAGGCUGA